AUUUCAAUAUGUAUAGUUUUGUGUAAAUAUCAAAAUGAGUGGCUCAAGAUAUAGAAGCUUUCAAUCAAGAAACGGAACUAGACGUAUUCGUGAAAAUGCUGGAGAUACCAUUCCUUUGGAUAUCACACAGGAUCCUUAUUUAUUGCUUAUGACAAUUUUUCGAAGUAUUCAAAGCAAAGGAAGCACUGCAAAAACUCUGCCACAUUUGAACAAUUUGAUCAAAAUACUAUGCAAUCGUGAAGACGCGACUUCUAAAUUUUUAAUUGAAGAUAUUAUGAUUUGUCUAAAACCAGCAUUGGUUUCUGAAGUAAAGGAAGUUCGAGCAGCGUGCAUUCGAGCUUUACGUUAUUUAGUUAAUGAUGCACAUUCAGUAAUGCUUUUGACGAAACUUCAUUUGGAUAGUUUUAUAAUAAAAUGUCUAGACAUAAGUCAUUUCAAUGAAGUCGAGAGAAUUCAAUGUUUGCGUCUAAUUCGAAAGAUUCUUCUCAUUGCAAGAAUCGAACGCAGAGAAGCUGGAGAAAAAACGAAAAUGUCAAUCAUUCCUAAAUCAUUUGCUUUAUGUAUUAUGUCAAUUUCUGCUGAUGGAGCUGUGGAAAGAGAUCGUGUCUAUAGAACCUGUCUUGCGAUUUUAUGUGAACUUGUUGUUUUAGAACCUUCAUUAGUCAUUGAAAAUGGUGGACUACUUGUAAUGCUACGUGCAGUUCUUGAAUGCCAUAUGUACAGAAGGAUUAACGAGUCAUUGUGUAUAAGCCUUGGAUUAAUGCUAAAUCAUCCAUCCUCACGGAACCUACUGAAAUUGACAUUCAGUUUUAAUGCGAUAUUUGCUCCUUAUACUGACGUAAUGUACCGUCUACAUGCUGAUGUGGAAGAAUCACAAAUAAGAGAAGAAAAAGAAAUGAGGUUUUCCGCUUCAAAGAUGGCGGUUGUUUCUGUUCUUCGUUCAUGGUCUGGUCUACUUCACCUUUGUCAAACUUCUGCGAUAAAAUCUUUUUUAAGUACUUUGCUGAUUCCUGAUGCAGGUAUUAAACGUGCUAAUUUGUCUGUAUUAUUUGAAAUCUUCUGCUUAAAUGAACCUAAAGCUUCAGAAGAUUUUAUUGAAUCACUUCUAAGCAUUGGUCCCAGAAUCUUUCAGGAAAGCUGGCAACUUACAAAUAUUUUUGUUGUUGGUGAAGGAAAAUGGUUCCUUCCAAGCUUAAAUAAUGAACGAUUAGACUUGACUAAUUGUUAUAUGGCUGUGCUGCUUUCAAUUUUUAUUGAAGCCAAUAUUAUACAGCGUUUGGUUUCAGUGGUUAUGGGUCCUGAUGAAUGUGCCUCUAUAAUUGCUUGUAUACUUCUAGGGAAAAUUUUAAACCUUUCUGAUAAAUUACAUUCUAUGCCACAAACGGCGGAAUUAUGGAUGACUAGUGCUUCAUCUGCUUGUAAAGAAUGCUUGCCAGAUCUAAUGAAACAAGCAACUUCACAGAGUGUGAGUAAAGAAGAGCGUUUACGUGCAAGUGUUGCUGUAGGUAGGUUAAGAAAGAUACAUAAUUUUCUUAAAAAUCGACCAGCGAUGCAUACAGUAUAUUUAGAUGAGUUAUUGCUUCGGGUCAAAGCUGCUGAAAAAGCAUCAACAGAGGCAACCCAAGUGGAAUCACCAGUUAGGCCUGGCUCUUCUAUAUCGCUGCGACGCCUCACUGUAAACCAUGUUGAAGACUCGGAUGAGCCCAUGACAACAUUAUCAAUUCGUAGAAACAGAUCCCUUACAAUUGUGCGUAACUUCGCUAGCGAACAGACAUCCACAAGAAUAAAAGACACACAAGUCAUUGCAGAAAGGGACUUCACUAAGUGGGAUUGGGAAGCAAUAACAUCAUUUCUUGUUGAAGGGUGGUCUAAAAGGAUGGCUAACACAAGGGAAUCUCAUUAUAUUGGCUCUGAUGAUACAGAAUACCAUUUUAUCAAACGACUUGUUACUUUUUAUAUUCCGAUUGAUGGAGAAUUCUACAAAGUUGAUAGAGCAAGAGAGGGCGAGGGAGAUAAACCUCAUGUGCAGUCAGGUUGCCAUUUGGUGAGAUAUUUAUCAACUACAGCUGGAGAGGGAAUGAAACUAUUAUCUGUUUUGUUGAAAGGCAUCGUCGAAUAUUUGGCAAAACUUAUAAAAGAUACAGACGGUAUGAAAAAGGCAACAAGCACUUUCUUAUCCAGUUGUGCAAGGGACUAUUUUCUCUUGCUCGGAGCAUUAACAGUUUGGCGCCAUGGUAGUGAAAUUUUGCGCAAGAAUGGAGUGUUUGAUUUUUUUACGUCACUCGCAAAUGAUGAAAUUCAUGAAAAUUUAUUAAAACUUGUAAUAUCAAGUUUAUCUUUUUCUGGGGAAAGUCUGAGUUACUUUUUCUUGAAGCAAGUUCUUGUAACUUGUAAUGAAGCAGCAAGAUUGUAUGCAACUUGCUAUUUACGAAUAUUACUUAGAGCUAAAAUGCCUGGAUUUAUCAAUUGGGGCGUUCAUUUACUAAUAACACAACUUUAUGACUCGAGCCAAACUGUUGCCACUGAGGCACUUGAUGUUCUUGAUGAGGCUUGUGCUGAUCAUGAAUACUUGAACGUUGUUGUUGGUCUUCGUCCCGGUUUGCUACAUCUUGGUGAAAAAGGAGCGCUGCUAAUUUGUCGUUUUGCGUCUCAUCCGCUGGGUUUUGAGUAUCUUUCUGCAAAUAAAUAUCUGUUGAGAGAGUUGGACCGAUGGUGGGAUUCUGCCAAUGAUCUCUAUGUAUCGAGAGUAGAAGAACUGUUGAAUAUCUCACUAACAUGCUAUGAAAAACCUACUCAACAAGGUGGGUUUGUGCGACGAUCAGGAAUUAAGAAAGUUGUCCAGCCUGUUCAUGUUCCUUCACAUUUAUAUGGAGAGUUGAGCCAACAUGAAAGAGGAUGCGAAUUACUUGAAAAAAGGAAUAUUGUUCCAAGAUUAGUUCAAAAAUUACAGGAUGGUUUGCACAUCCAUGAAGCCUUUUGUGGAGAUGUAGAUAACUUUGAAUUUAAUUUAUCUUCAUACCAAAAGAUAGCCGAACACUUGGUUCAAAUAAAAAGCAGUUUAUGGGCCUUGUGCCAUAUUGGCAGCAGCAGAAUCGGACUUGAACUCAUAAAAGAUCUUGGUGUGUUGGAGGUUUUACAAGAUCUUGCGGAACAUUCUCCUGUGUAUUCAAUUCGUGGGACAUGUUUUUAUUGUAUGUCUGUGCUUGCUCAAACUGUUGCUGGCACAGAAGAGCUAAAAAAAUUAGGAUGGCUGAGUACGCUUAAAAAAGUUUGGUCUGGAUCAAAUCCAAGCGAAUCUGAAAUUGAACUUGAGACAAUGAUGAAAUCAUUAUCACCGUUCAAAAUAACUAGUUCCAUAUCCGAGAGAUUGAAUUCCUCUGCAGGAAGUGAGAGUUCUCGAUCAGCGUUGUCAUCCAUGGAUGGUACUUCUAGUGGUAAUAGUGCAGGAAAGAUCAUAAAAGACGAAGAUCGGUUAUCAAAAACAUCCGUUUCUGAGAGAAGUACAAAAAAGAGCGCAGAUUUUCUUUCGGCAAAAUCUCCACAAAUCCAUUCUUCACCUAAAACGUGCUCAAAAUGUUUAAAUACUGUUACUAAAUCAAUUCUUAGUUGUAGUUUUGAAAGCAUUUUUUGCCAAUUCUGUGGUUCUAAUAAUGAUUUCAAAUCUCAUGUUCAAAUUGAUAUUGCGGAAAGUAUUCGACCCAAGAUGGAGAAAGUUUUGUCUAAUUCAAGCCCUGCGUUACCAGACUUGGAUUUUAUGGAUGAACGGGUAUAUAUUGAAAAACCUGCUAUUAUUGUCGAUUAUGUCAAUGGAAGGAAGAAUCUACCAGAUGAACCUUGGUGUUUUAACAAAAUAGAAAAUGUUUCUGCGAUGAAAUAUGUUGUGGAACAACUCAAUAGAUAUAAAGAAUCGAGAGUUCUUUUUCGAAGUGAAAGCGUUGGCGACCGAGCUAUGGUUCCGAUUUCUGAAUCCGUGCGACAAACUAUUGAAGAAAGUAUGACUUUUGUUGGUAUUGCUGUACCAAAAGAUUUCAGUCAGUUUUUUGAAUCAAAAUCAUCACAGUCUGGUGCUGGUGGGCCUGUGUUACCAGUUGUACACCGGUUUAAAGAAAAACAUUACUACUCAAAACAAACAAAAUAUUUCACGGAUUCUUCAUUAGAUGACUCAAGGUCUCCUGCUAGUGUCAAAAGCACAACCGCAGCUUUUCUGGAUGAUGUUAUUUUGUCCGAUGGAAAUCACAAAGAAACAAUACAUCGAGAAAUCUUGAAACUUGUUGCCAGUCUUGGAAGCUCAGUUGGUAACAAAAUGAACGAAACUGCACUUUUGGUAAUGAAAGAAAAGUUUCCGAAGAUGUUCGACUCAACUUCGCUUUUUUAUGCAAUAUCUGCGAUUUUAUCACAGUAUAAUUUUCGUUUGACUGCCAGGAGGUUUAUUCAAGAACUCUUUCAUGAAGUCACUUUUGUGGAAGUUUUUGAAGAAGCUAAAAGUGUUUUACAUAAAUAUGAACAGAAUGUGGAAUAAUGUUAUUUCUUCGAUAUUAAAUGGUAAUCAUGAAAUUAUAAAAAUAAAUGUAUGUACUGCCCUUGAA